GCGGAAUGGAGUGGUGGACAGGAUAGAGGUGGGGUGAAGUGGAGAAGGAGUAUGGCAGAGGUCCGAGGAAGAACCAUUUCUUUAGCCAAGGGAACCAAGCCGGGAAAGGGCAGACCAAUAAGCAGAAGGCAGACCUUGCGGAAGGAGGGGGCGUGCCUUAAACGCGGGGGGUGGAGGCUAUAUCGAAAAUAGCGAGGGUAAGGGUUGGGAGGCGGAACUGGAAUGGGAAGGCAGGGGCCCUGCCCUGGUGUCCUGACCCAGGAGAACUGCCGGAAGGUGACCCGGUCGGUGGAAGAUGCUGAAAUAAAAACCAACGUCCUGAAGCAGAACUCUGCCCUGCUGGAGGAGAAGCUGCGCUACCUCCAGAUGCAGGAUGAGACGCCCAGGAGGCAGGAGGCUGAGCUGCAGGGGCUGGAGCAGAAGCUGGAGGCUGGCCUCUCCCGCCAUGGCAUGGGCCUCGCCACCCAGCCCCCAGGCUGCUCCAGCCCGCCAGGGAGCCCCGACGAAUCCCCGCGACGGCGAGGCCUGGCCCCAGGCGGCUGGGGAAUGGGGCCCCGGGCAGGGGAGGGCCCCAUCGUGAGCGAGCAGGAGUUGCAGAAGGUCUCUGCCUACCUUGAGGAGCUGAGGAGGGAGGUGUCCUCACUGACCGCCCGGUGGCAUCAGGAGGAGGGGGCCGUGCAGGAGGCCCUACGGCUGCUCGGGGGCCUAGGCGGCAGGCUCGACAGCUUCCUGGGCCAGUGGGAGCGAGCGCAGCGCGAGCAGGCGCAGGCCGCGCGGGGCCUGCAGGAGCUGCGGGGCCGGACGGAAGAGCUGUGCACCAUGGUGCAGCGGUCAGCAGUGUCUGUGGCUUCACUGAGAAGCGAACUGGAGGCGCUGGGCCCAGUGAAACCGAUUCUGGAGGAGCUUGGGCGGCACUUUCAGAGCUCUCGUAGAGGGUCUGACCUCUCUAUGAACCUGGAUCGGGCCCCCCAAGGCUCCUGUGCCCGCUGUGCCAGCCAGGGACAGCAGCUGUCCACGGAGUUCUCGCAGCAGCUGCUGGAGCGAGCGCUGACCCUGCUAGUGGACGAGGUGAGGCAGAGGGGCCUGGUUCCUGCCUGCCCCAGCUGCCAGAGGCUACACAAGAAGAUUCUGGAGCUGGAGCGCCAGGCCUUGGCCAAACACGUCAGGGCAGAGGCCCUGAGCUCCACCCUUCGGCUGGCCCAAGACGAAGCCUUGCGGGCCAAGAACCUGCUGCUGACGGACAAGAUGAAGCCGGAGGAGAAGGUGGCCGCUCUGGACUAUCUACACUUGAAGAUGUGCUCUCUCCACGAUCAGCUCAGCAACCUGCCACUCGAGGGGUCCAUGGGGACAAUGGGGGGAGGAAGUGAUGGGGGAACUCCCCCAAAACGUGGGGGCCCAACCCCUGAGCAAUAAA